AUGGCUUUGGGCAAGCCCAUCAACCCUGGCGUCUGGGCCCAGACCGACUUCUCAUCCUUCCAAUGGCUCCCCGAGAACAUUGGUAGCCUGCCUGAGGAUCAAGUUGCGCCUGAUACGGCCGAUCUUUCUGUCCUCCCACCCGCACUUCCUGGUGAGGAUGGGGACGAUGCCGAAGCAGACGACUGCCUCGCGCGACAUGUCUUUGGUAUGUCCAGUCUGGCUGGCUUUUCGAGCUACGAGCAAGAGCAGGCGGAGGAGGGUCUGAUCAACCUCGUCUUUGGGCUCAGCCCUCAGGCGGGCUACCCUUACCCCAACCACCAGAUGGGCGACCGACUCGAGUGGGCGAUGGGACAUGAGCACGUCGUCCCCCUGCCCGGCCAAAGACGCUUGCCAACGAGGACCAGGAACGGUGAGUUCCUCAAGAGAAAAUUCAACCGCAACGUCAGGGAGAACGUCUCGACGAGUCUUCCGUAUGCUCCCACGGCUUGGCCGCUUGUGGGCACCUGGCGCCUCACCACCUUUGACGCCGUAUACGUCUCGGACCCCUCGCAGCGCAAAAAGCAGAUGGGUGACCAGCCCAAUGGCCUCCUCGUCUAUAGCCCUGACGGAUACAUGUCAGCGCUAAUGACCUCGUCAGAUCCAGAGGUACAUCUCCCGAAAGCGGGCUACGCCGGGAAGUGGACAGUCGAGGACGACCGGGUGCAUCAUCAUGUCGAGACGUCGACGCAGGAUGCUUGGGUGGGGACGACGCUUUCGCGCAAGAUUGAGCUCAAGGGGCAGGAGCUGUUGCUGACCACGUUAGAUUCGUAUGGACCAGAGGGUCAAAAGUUCAUCGUGGAGGCCGGGUGGAAGCGGGCUGAGCCCUGA